AUGGCGACCAAGCAGCUGGCCCGGCAACUUGGAUUAAUUAGAAAAAGUUCCAUAACUUCCUCAAAUGGCAAGAAUCAGACUAGAACCAAGUCAAGGCAGUCGUUUGACUAUUUAAUUAUUAUUGACUUUGAGUCUACAUGUUGGAAAGAUGGUAAACGUCAUUACAGCCAGGAAAUAAUUGAAUUUCCAGCAGUUUUGUUAAACACUUCAACUGGAGAGAUUGAAUCUGAAUUCCACAUGUACGUCCAGCCUGAGGAACAUCCAAUUCUUUCUGAAUUUUGUACUGAACUAACUGGCAUAAAGCAGAAUCAAGUUGAUGAAGGGGUUCCUCUUAAUAUUUGCUUAUCACAAUUUUCUAAGUGGAUUCAAAAGAUACAAAGGGAGAAGAAAAUUAUUUUCAAUUCAGAUGUUUCAAGCCAUUCUGUUUCUGAAGCAAAAUCAAGUACCUUUGUUACUUGGUCAGACUGGGAUCUGGGGGUUUGUUUGCAGUAUGAGUGCAAAAGGAAGCAGCUGCGAAAACCUGAUAUUUUAAACUCUUGGAUUGAUCUCAGAGCAACAUACAAGCUCUUCUACACUAGAAAGCCAAAAGGACUAAAUGGUGCUUUACAGGAUCUGGGGAUAGAAUUUGCAGGACGGGAACAUUCUGGGUUGGAUGAUUCUCGGAAUACUGCCCGUCUUGCUUGGAGGAUGAUCUGUGAUGGAUGUGUGAUGAAAAUUACUAAAUCUUUGGAUAAGGUACAUCCAAAGAAGAAUUCAGUGUCCAGAUCUUUGAAUGUGAACCCCACUGAAGAGAAUCCACUGGGAAGUGAUGAUGGUGCUGAAACUUCAGCUAAAGAUAGAAUUUGCAACAGCAGUUGUCUAGCUGAGAAUGAACAUAAUAAAGUUGAUAAAAUGGUUAUAAACUCCAAUGUAAAGGGAAAAGACCAGCAAGAGUCCAGUUCUACAAGUUCCUCUGCAAAUGUCCAUGUUGGAUCUAGAAUCAGUACAAAGAUUGAUGGAUGUGGUCAAACCCAAAGCUGCUUACCUCCACAUAUUGGCAGACUUCCUGUUCCCUUUGGACAACUACAGGCUUCUCAUUGUAAUUUACUGACGGGCAUCCAGAAUGGAUUAAAUAAUGGACAUCUUAUUUCUACUUCCAAGUAUAGCUCUUCAGUACUUGGUUCAGGGCUAGUGCUUGUCUCCACUACUAUUUCCUCUGUUAAUAUCUCUAAUGUAGAUAUAAGUACUAGUUCUGAUUGUUUAUCUAUGUUGGCUGAUUGGGAAGAUGUAGCUUUAAUACCAGAAUCACAGCAUGAAGAAAAUACAGACUCUGUGAAGCUUAAAGAUGACCCAGAUGCAAAGACUUCAUCAGUCUCUGGUGAAGGGAUGGUUUUGAAAGAACCAGCUAUGAAGAAUUCAGACUUUGAAUGUUUGGGGCAAAGUAAUGAACAUUUGGAGGCUUCUAAGUCUAUUGUGUACAAAAGUCCUAAUACUACUAUCUAUGAUGUAGGAUUAGCCCAAAGGCAAGCCUUAAAUUGUUCUGCUUUUAAGUUACCAUCUGCGAAGGUAAAUGCUACUUUAUCAGGUACAGUAUUAACUGGAAAUCAUUCCACCCCUUUCUCUCAGACUCCUAAAAGGAAACCAUCUAGUCCGAAAACUUUACCUCCAUCAAAAAAACAGUCAUUCACUGUACAUGAAGAUGAAGCUGCAUCUUCUGAUCAGCCCCUAUCUUUGAGAAAUUCAAGUUCAUACAAAGUGCCUACUGUUCUCUUAAACUCCACAAUCCGCCUGAACCAAUCUUUAAAAGCUGUAAAAAGUGACAAACUGACUCCACCCUUAUGUAACUGUGGUCGAAGGGCUAAAAGACUAAAUGUGUCCAGUGCUGGUCCAAAUCAUGGCAAAGUAUUCUACAGUUGUCCUGUUGGAAAACAGGAAGGGAAGAAGAGAGGCUGUGGAUAUUUCAAGUGGGAGCAUGUACUUCUAAAGGAAAAAUCCACUAAUGCUAUUUCUACUCUUUCCCCCACUGCAGCUGGUUUAAUAUCUCCUGGCAUAAACUCAGAUUCUUCAGGAAAUUCUCACAGGAAAUAUCCAGGUCUCAGACCUUCUAUGAGAACUUGAAUGUUAAUUAAUUUUUGUCCAAAUCUUAACAUAUGCUAAGUGUUCACUCAUACUACAAAAAAAAAAAAAGCAAAUGAUGCCACAGAUUUCAAUUU